AUGGGUUCCUCCGAUAAUUCGUCGACGACGAAUGCGCCAACGGUCCCUUCCCUCCCGGCGGACUUCUCGACAACGCCGCACGUUGUCGACUUGAGCGCGGUGCCGAUUUUCAACGGGGAGCAUUUCUCCUCGUGGCGAUACAAGCUCAAGGUGUAUAUGAUGGAGCGCGACUUGUGGGGCUUCUUCGAUGGGUCGGCAUCGAAGCCCACGUCGGACGCUUCAGCCGCGGAGAAGGAAGUGUGGGUGCGAAAGGAAAAAAAGACGUUUGCCUUUCUUGUCUCUAAGCUAAGCCUCCAACUCGUCCCGAUCGUGAGUCCGUGCAUCGACCGUGACGGCGCGACUCGUGAAGCGUGGAAGCGACUCGAAGGAGAGCACGUCUCCAAGUCGCUUCAUAGCAAGCUUCAAGCGCGCCUCGACUUCUUCACGGUGCGGAUGAGGGACGGCGAGUCAAUGCGCGCGUACGUCAACCGCGUGGAGGAGCUUGGCGAGCGUUUGGUGGAACUUGAUGCGAGCGUGGAGGACAACGAUUGGAUCAUGACGCUCCUCGCGGGCCUCGACGAAGCAUGGUCAACGAUGAUUACGAUGUUGGAUGGGACGCAAGAUACGUGGAAGAAGGAGCAAGUGGUGGCACGACUGAUCAACGAAGAGGCGAGGCGCACGAAAUUGCAUGGCGAUGCAAUUGGCGCGGCACACUUCUCCCAUGAUGCGAAGGCGAAAGGGACGGGUCACUUCAAGCGGCGCAACGACGGCAACAACCGCGGGAGCUCGAGCGGGAGCGCGGCGGCCUCAAGCUCAUCACGAGGAGGACCGGCCAACGCCAAUUGA